GAUUUCCUUUCUACCAAAGAUGGAAAAUGCUUAGAUGCAGUAUUGGACAGAUCUGUCAUGGUACUCGAUGUUUGUGCAACCAUUAAGGAUGUUUUGUCUAUGAUGAAGCAAUCUGCCCAGGAUCUUCAAUCAUCUAUUCGAAGGCAUCUUAAGAAAAACACUAACAAGAACAAUGAUCUCGUCACCGAUGUCCUAACAGAAGUUGAAGCAACUACUCUGACAGUUUUUGAAUCUGUCUUGUCUUUCCUAUCUGCACCAAAGCAAAGGUCACUUGUCUCAAAGUUGGCCACCAAAAAUGCAACCCAACAAGUUGUCAAUGAAGUGACCAAGAUCGAUGUCGCAUUGAAAUCUAAAGUGAUUGAAGCAAAAGAAGUUCAGACUUCACUGGCUGCCCUUGAGAUGAACCUUCAAGAACUUGAAGAUGGAUUAGAAUCUGUCUUUCGGUGUUUGAUCAAGAACCGAGUUUCACUUCUUAACAUUCUCAACCAAUAG